AUGGGAGCAAAAGAAGCUAACUUGAUUACAUCUGUAUCCUCAAUUCAUGAAUCGGGCUAUCAACGCUCUGAUGAAGAAAAAAAUAUGCCAUACAAAGAAAAAGGUAAUGAAAGUAUCUCAGAAACUUCAUUAGACCCUGCCUUGGGUCCAGAUACCCUUGCUAGAGGUCUUAAAAGUAGACACUUGUCAUUGAUUGCCCUUGGUGGUUCUAUUGGUACUGGUUUGUUCCUUGGAUCUGGUUUGAUUUUGGCUACCUGUGGUCCUGCCAGUUUGUUACUCGCCUUUAUAACCAUGUCUGUUGUUGUCUACAAUGUCAUGGAAUAUUUUGCUGAGAUUGUUCUUUUCCGCCCUAUCCCAGGUAAUGGUCCUAUUGCUUUUGUCAAUGACUAUCUUUCACCUUCCUUUGGUUUUGCAGUUGGUUACAACUACUGGUACUCUUUUAGUAUUUUGGUGGGUGCUGAAGUUACAGCUGCUGCCAUGCUUAUUGAAUACUGGACCACUGCUGUUCCUAUUGCCGUUUGGAUCACAAUUCUUCUCGGAUUCAUUGUUGCAUUAAACUUCUUACCCGUUAAGUUUUAUGGGGAAACUGAAUACUGUUUAGUGUUGAUUAAAGUUAUUGUUCUUAUUAUCUUGAUUAUCACCGGUUUGGUAAUCAUGCUUGGUGGAGCACCAAAUCACGACAGAUUAGGUUUCAGAUACUGGAAGGACGGGUUUGCGUUCAGUCAGUAUUUGGUGUCUGGAUCAACAGGUAGAUUCUUGGGUUUUUGGACUGCCAUCAUUAAAUCUGGUUUCUCAUUUAUCACUGGUCCAGAGUUGAUUUCCACUGCUAUUGGUGAAACUGUUGGUCCAAGACAAAACGGCAGUAAAGCCGCUCGUCGUUUCAUUUACAGAUUGAUCUUCUUUUACGUUGUUGGUAGUUUAAUCAUUGGUGUUAUUGUUAGUUCCACCAAUCCAAGAUUAAUUGGUAGUGGAUAUGACGCUUCUGCUUCUCCAUUUGUAAUUGGUAUUCAAAAUGCUGGUAUCUCCGCUUUGGAUCAUGUCAUCAAUGCAGCAAUCUUGUCAUCUGCCACUUCUGCCGGUAACUCCUUCUUAUACUCCAGUUCUAGAAUGUUGUUCUCCAUGGCUGAACGUGGUAAUGCUCCAAAGAUCUUUGCCAAAGUUAACAAAUACGGUGUUCCUUACUACUCUGUUGCCGUUUCAUCUGCUUUUGGUUUGUUGGCUUACUUGAAUGUGUCAUCUUCCUCUGCUACUGUCUUCACCUGGUUGUCUAAUCUUUCCACCAUUUCUGGUUUCAUUGGAUGGGCUACCGUUGGAGUUGCCUACAUUCGUUGGAGAAAAGCCGUUGUUUUGAAUGGUCUUAUGGAUAGACUCCCAUACAGAUCAAAAUUGCUUCCAUUCGGUGCCUACUUUGUUGUUAUCUUCUUAUCCAUCAUUAUCAUUACCAAUGGUUAUGCUGUUUUCUUUGACUUUAACAUUGGUGAUUUCUUGGCUGCUUAUAUUACCUUACCAAUCGUUGUCGUUUUGUAUUUCGGUCACGUUAUCUACUCUCGCAUGGUUCUUGGUGACACCGACUGGGUUAUUCCAGUUGAAAAUAUCGACUUGAUUACUCAUUUGGAUGAAAUUGAACAAGAAGAACUUGAUUACGUUGUCCCUGUUCCAAAGAAUUUCUUGGAAAGAAUCUGGUUCUGGAUUUGCUAG